ACGACAAGACCCGGAAAUAAAGCCGUUGUUAAAGCGAUAUUUUGGUAGCAGUAAGGCAGACGUACUUACAGCUACUCCUCACCAUCAUCAUGAUCUCAGAAUGGAUCUCAUUUGUGAUGUUUUACCUGCUUGCUGCUGUUUUCGCUGCAUUUCUUGCAUAUUGUCUGUAUGUUCAUUAUGUUCACCAGAAAUAUGAUCAUAUACCUGGACCGCCAAGAGACAGUUUUCUGCUGGGACAUACACCUACUUUUUCCAGAGCGACGAAAUCGGAUAACCUUGUACAGGAUUUAUUUCUUGAGUGGGCAGAAAAAUAUGGCCCUGUCUACAGGCUGAACAGUUUCCAUUAUAUUGUGAUCAAUGUCUAUUGCCCUGAGGCUACAAAGACAAUCCUGAUGUCACCUAAGUAUCUUAAAGAUCCCUUUGUCUACAAACGCCUCUUUAACUUGUUUGGAAAACGGUUCCUUGGAACCGGAUUAGUGACGGCUACAGACCAUGACGUCUGGUACAGGCAACGUCGCAUCAUGGAUCCAGCUUUCAGCAGCUCAUACUUACGAAGCUUGAUGGGCACUUUUAAUGAGAUGUCUGAGCGCCUAAUGGACCAUCUGGAGGAAAUAGCCGACACUAAAACUCCUGCCAUCAUGCAUGACCUGGUCAACUGUGUCACACUGGACGUCAUUUGCAAGGCGGCUUUCGGUGUUGAUUUAAAUUUGUUCAAGCAAACUGACAGCUCCUUCCAGAAAGCAGUUGAGCUUUGUUUAAAGGGCAUGGUAUUCUAUCUCAGAGACCCAUUUUUUACACUUUUUCCAAAGAAUUGGAAGACUGUACAACAAACUAAAGAUGCAGCUGAACUCCUGCGUAAAACGGGAGAGAAAUGGAUCCAAAAAAGGAAGACGGCAAUAGAAAAUGGAGAAGAUGUUCCCAAAGACAUUCUGACACAAAUCCUAAAAACAGCAGAGGAGGAAAACGUCAAUAACACAAAAGAUCAUGAACAGAUGUUGGACAAUUUUGUGACUUUCUUCAUUGCUGGGCAAGAGACAACAGCCAAUCAGCUCUCAUUUGCAAUUAUGGAAUUAGGGAGAUAUCCUGAGAUAUAUAAACGGGCUAAAGCAGAGGUGGAUGAAAUACUUGGGACGAAAAGAGACAUUUCAUAUGAUGACCUUGGAAAAUUCACCUACUUGUCUCAGGUGUUAAAGGAAACACUGCGUCUGUACCCAACUGCUCCAGGGACCAGUCGUUGGAUAAAUGAGGACAUGGUUAUAAAUGGACUGAAAAUCCCAGGGGGCUGUGCUGUUAUUUUCAGUUCUUAUGUUUCCCAAAGACUGGAAAAGUUUUUUAAAGAUCCAUUGAAGUUUGAUCCAGAGAGAUUUGAUGUGAAUGCCCCUAAGCCUUAUUACUGCUACUAUCCAUUUGCACUUGGUCCACGAAUCUGUCUGGGGCAGGCAUUCUCACAGAUGGAGGCAAAAGUUGUGCUUGCCAAACUGCUUCAGAGAUUUGAGUUCAAUCUGGUUCCUGGACAGUCUUUCGAUAUUAAAGACACGGGAACUCUACGGCCCAAAAGCGGAGUGAUCUGCUACAUUAAACGCUGCUCUUAGGAUAUGUUUAAGACCCUUGUUUUGUGGCAACUCUUGUGUACUUAUGCCUGAAUCAACAUGUAUUAUUCAAACCAGGGUUCCCACCAGAGGUGUAGUGGUAAAAAAAAGAGGUGGGUAAACUAUAAAUUCUGGGUGACCAUAUCCUGAUGACAUCGCUAUGGGCUAUCAUUUGAUAUUACUACCAAGGGUAUCACUGGUUAUUCCCCCAUAUAGUUCACACAAUCACUAUUCAAUUCAUACAUUAAUCUAAGUUCUUUUUUAUAAAGAGACUCAAAAAGGAAUAAUAAGGUUGAAAUCUAUAAAGUUUACUAAAUGACAAAACAGAGAGAUUUUUUGUUUGUUUAAAGAGGAAUAGAGAGGGAGGUUUAUAUCCAGGGGUUCCAAUGGAAUGCACUUGUACGUAAUGAUUAGGGAUUAGGGAUUUUUUCAUAGUCGAUUGUUGAAUAUUUUCUCAAUUAAUCGGUUAGUUGUUUGGUCUAUAAUAUGUCAGAAAAAUGUGGAUCAGUGUUUCCCCAAAUGCCCAGGAAUGGUCCUCAAAUGUCUCGUUUUGUCCACAACUCAAAGAUAUUCAGUUGACUGUCACAGAGGAGAGAAGAUACUAGAACAUAUUCACAUUUAACAAGCUGGAAUCAAAUAAUUUUUUACUUUUGUCUUUCAUAUAUGUUAUCAAUGACACAGACUGCAAUGACACAGACAGCUUCAUUGCAGUAGGACAUCCUUUUGGUCACGUGGUUCACGUGAGAUGAUUGACAGCUUUACAAACUAAUGAUAUUCCACUGAUGUCAUAGCUGACGCGAAUCAAUAAGAGGAGAGUAAUCGCUAGCUCUGUUAGCUGUUUUAGUUCUUCAGAUCGCAUUAAUUACUGUAAAAUGAAUAGAAAUGUUAUUCUGUAUGAAGAAAUAUUUUACAAACAUGUCAUAAAAUUAUUUUCUCUUCAAAUGUGCAUACCAUUGGACUACAGCCCUGGUGGAUCGUGGAUAUUGUAUGUAUACGAACACAAAUAAACCGGAGAUGAGAUAUA